AUGUUUCGUCUCCUCAUUUGGUGGGUCAUACCUGUUUUGUCCCGGACCUUGGAUUUCGACUAUAGAUGCACCUCGCUCAUCUCCCAAAUGAGACUCUUCUCGCCAUUGUCUCCUUCCUUCGCCGUAAACGGGACCUUUACGCCCUUAUAUGUUCUCUAUGACUAUAACAGUCGCUACUACCAUGCCUCGGCUCUGAUAUUUGUUGCAAUAAGGGGUGACUUGUAUCUAGCUGGCAGACUCCUCGACGGACUUAAAGCCGCUGUGGGCAAGUCUUGUCGUCUGCCACACCCCGCACACCGCAAAUGGGCAUUGCUCGGCAAUGAAAGAAACUCCGACGUGAAUUCCGGGCCUGAUAGCGAGCUCAUCGAUUCAGCAGAGUCACUAGAUAGUGACGAUGAGGAUAUGGCACAAAUGUUCAGCUUUGCCGAUAAUGCACGCCAUCCCUUACGCGCGGCGAGGUAUUCAAGCCGGACAGAAAGAUAUGGUGGCAUUGCUUCUGGACCGUGGUGCACAGCCGAACUUUUAUCGGGGUCGUCGGGUUGCCAAAUACCUAUUUGGCUUGGCUAUGUUGCCGGACUAUCCUCCCCCAGACGCUCCACCACAAUUUCUGGCCGUUCAGGCGGAGCGACGAAUGUUGAGAGCUCCUUGAAAUUGGCGGCGCAGCGGGGAGAUCAAUCAAUGAUGGAAUUCAUGCUGGGGCAUGGUGCCCGGGCUGAUCUAUGUGGUGCUGCCGCGCAUCAUGUGGCGCUACGUAUAGGUGAUGAUGAUAUGGCUUGUCUGUUGAAAUCAAAGGGAGCCCCUGCUUACUAUCUGUGGGAGUCGAAGGAUGACUGGGACGAAGAAGAAGGGGAUGGGACUAAACCUGAACUGAAGUUGUAUGGUUGCGGACUGGGCAUGUCUCAGUUCUAG